AUGGCAGAACCCAAUGAGGUUCCAAUUACAGAGACUUCGGUUUCAUUCCAAGCAGUUCUGAUCUUUACGCAGUUCCAAGAAAUGUCCUACCUGUUGAAAGAUCCUCUCGCGAAGAAGCAAAGCGAGGGGGGAAGGGGAGGGCGGCGACCAAAGGUAGGAAGGGUAAAGGGCGGGGCAGCGGGAGAGGGGGCAGCGCGAGGUAGGGAGGGAGGGAGGCACAUCGCGAGGUGCUUCGGCAGCCAUUCCGCAGCGGCAUUCCGAUUUGCAUCCCCCCUGCCUGUUGCUGUUGCUACCGGUGCUGCUGCAUGGUGGCCGUUGCUGUACGCUAUUAUCUCUCUCCAUUCUUCACACACGCUCUCUCUCUCACACUGUCGGUCACUCUCUGUCUUCCCUGUAUUGCCCCCUUAUCCCUGUUUCUUUCUCUCUGUGUGUGUCUCUCGCAGUGGGCAUCACCUGGAUGUGCACGGAGGGUCACUUCUGUCGCGACCACGACGUGCCUACUUGACCGGAUUGCAGUACAGUCGGCGUUGGUGGGACGUCAUGAAUGACUCCAUCGCGCGCUCGCGCAGACGGAGGGCGGUCGGGCCGUUGGGUGUCGAUACAGAAGCUGUCGCGUCGGGAAGCUUCGUACUGGAUCCUGCAUUCGGGAGUAGCUUUGAAGAAGGGUUUGCAACGGAGAGUGAUCGUCAGGUGUCGGGGAGUGGGAUGUGGGGAGGUAGUAACGGUGGUGGUGGCGGUGGCGGAGGUGGUAAAGGGCAGGAUAAUUUUGGUGUGGAAGCUUUGAGCGAUGCGCCUCGGUCGUCGGGGGACCAAUUCAUGGCGUUGCUUUCAGGUGGUGGUGCAUAUGGGGGCAGUAAUUCGUCUUUGUUCUCGGGGAUGCAGAUGUUCGGAUCGCAGCAGCCGCCGCAGCAGCAUGCUGUGGGAAUGCAGCAACAGCAACGGCAGCAGUCGAUGCAGAGUUUUGGGGCGGGUCUUGGUGGGUGGCAGAACAUGUUGGGUAGCCAACAGAGCUUAGUGCAGUCGCAAGCGCUUUUGCAGGGGCUUGGGUUUAUUUCAGACCAAGGGCUUACGCUGUCGAAUUCGUUAGGUCAUCAUCAAGUGCCGGCAGAAGAGAAUUGGAUAGGGCGUGAUGGGGAUGGUAUUCGGAACGGUGAAAUGUCUGUGAGUGGGGAUUCGAGUGAAAGCGAUUACUCGAGUAAGGGGGAAGGGAGUCGUCGACGGGAAAGGAAAGAGAAAUCGCGUAAAGGAGGGAAUGCCGGAGAGAAGUUUCGAAAGAAAUUUAGAGGCAACGAGAAGGGAGAAGAAAAAAGUGACUUGUUUAGGGCUGAUGGAGAGCCAUCGAAUUCGUCGAAAAAUGGUUUCAAGAUGAGAAAGGAAAAGCACAAACACAGCCGGCGGGAACGUUCUGCAGCUUGUGGUGCUGGGCUGUCGGAGAAGAAUCUAAACGUGGAGUUCCUGGCAUCUUCAUCAGACUCUGGAUUUAGCAGUGAUUAUUCAGACAAGGACGAGGAGGGCUGGAAUAAGAAAAGAAAGCGUGCCGGUCAGGAUGCUGAUGGAAACAUCACAUGGACAGAUGAAUCUGUUAAGUUCCUUUUUGAAACGUAUGAUGCCAUACACCAAAGGCUGUGGAAAGAAAGUAAUGGCCAUGUCAAGUAUCAGAAGAAAUGGACACCUAUACUGAAGGCCAUGCAAGAUAAAUUCGGAAGGCAUUUUUCUAAGAAACAAUGCCAAAGCAAAUAUUGGAGCGUGAGGCGUGAGUGUGCAGAUUACAGGAACAUGUCUGCCAAAGCUGCUCGCUCUGAUCCGUCCUGGAAUCCCAGCAUAGCAGGAAGAGAACUUCUAAAGCCGAAGUUUUACGAUGUUUGGUUUGAGGUCUCUGGGAAGAAACAGGGUAUCGUGACAAAUUCUAAUUCAACAAAGACUGGUGGUGUCAAAGAUUGGGGAGCCUCCUCCCGUGACCCGAAGGCAUCAGGCCCUAACUUCUCGUGGAAAGUUGUUGGCAAGGAUGGACAACCGGGGAAACACAAAGUUGAAGAUUGCGGCAAUGCACUAAGGGAUAUGCAGCAGCUUAUGCAAGCGCAGCUUCAGGUUUCCGAGAAGAGAGAGGAGGCCAUGAAGUUCCGUGCAGAGCUCAUGAUGGAUCUCUUGAUGCAACAUAUGGAGCACGUGGAGAGAAGAGUAAACAGUUUAGAUGAUGGUCGGCAACCCCAACUUUACCUUCUAGAGCGUGUUAACCACAAGCUUGAAAAAGUGCUAGAAGGCUUUACUGCACUGAAUGAAAAUUUGUCCAUUGUAGCAUUUAAAUUUACUCAGAAGCAGUCAUCAUUGGGAUGACUUCUCGUAAAGUCCUCGUGUACAGUAGCUGGCAUGGUAAAUAAUAAAUUGGUUUAACUCGUUACUAAA